AUGCGGCUGUCCAAACUUGGUCUGAGACAACACAGCAAGAGAAAGGAAAUUUGGGACCGGUGGAAUGAUGAGAUUAAGCAGCUCUUCUACUCCAGCUAUGGAGACCUACCUUACUUGCUCGACGUAAAGGUGGAUAAGCACCUGUUCCAUGCCUUAGCCCAAUUUUGGAACCCUGCUUAUAGCUGUUUCACCUUUGGAAGUGUUGAUUUAGUGCCUACAGUGGAGGAAUACACGGUAUUGCUUCGUUGUUCAAAAAUUCAAGUGGACAAAGCCUAUUUAAGAGCUGCUAAUGUUCCAACCUUUUUGAAGAAAUUGAUGAAUAUUACGGGGAUGAGUGAGCAAUGGGUUGCAGCACGAAUCAAACAAAAUGGAGAUAGUAAGUGCAUUCCUUGGAGGAACCUGAAAGAUUUAAUUCUAGCACACCCGGAUACGAGGAAGAGGGUUGAUGUCUUCGCCUUGGGUAUUUACGGUUUAGUUGUCUUUCCUAAAGCUUUGGGACAUAUUGAUGAAGCGAUCCACGACCUUUUGACCGUCUUGACAAGGGGUUACACUGUUCCAAGCAAUUCGGCGAAACCUUGGAUCUCGAAUGAAUGUCGAAGAGAAAUAGUGGCAUUACCGAGGCAGGAUGAUAUCUCAGAGGAAAAAUGGAUGGCAACUCUUCAGAAUCUUCAAAUGGGGCAUAUUGAAUGGAGAGCUCGUUGGAUGCUGUCAGAUGAGAUCUUAUAUAGGUGUGGAGAUUUUGACUGGGUCCCUUUACUUGGGAUUUGGGGGGCUAUUGGCUAUACACCGUUAUUGGUACUGAGACAGUAUAGGUCAAGACAGUUCGUACCAACACCCCAUGGAUUAGCUCAGUGUGAAUUCUCGUAUAAGUGUGAUGGUUACAAGAAGAAAAUACGAGAAAUGAUUAAUGCUUGGAGGCAGACUCGCCGAUUGAAAAGGUUGGCAGUAGGUCCAUCAACGACGCCUGAAUAUAUCGAGUGGCUAAAUAGAAGGAUCAAUGAUAACAUACCUGUACCAGGUUAA